UUUCGUCGAAAAAAGCAUAAGCCUCGCCUCGUGCCUGGCCCACCGCCGGCGCCUUAUUUAAGAACAAUACCACCAGAAGAGCUGCCGGAGCCUCCGGCGGAAAGAAUCGCCCGCCUACAGCUUGAACGCCAAAAGAGUAAAGACUCGAAACCGGCAAAGACCAGGAAAGCUAAACCUGGUCAGGCAGACUCACGUGGCAGAAAGGAUGAAAAUGACCAGUUCGAAGAAGAGCUUAGUCCCUUCGCCAAAGAAGAAGGUACAGUCGAGCACGAAAAGACUGACGCCGAAGCCACAAGCAAACCCAAAUCGACAACUAAGAUUGACAAGGAUGGCCCCAGUUCGCCACCGCCGGUAUCCGUAGAAAUUCAGAUCGAACCACCGCUCGAAGAGCUGCCCAUUGACAUCGUGGGUGACGGCGAUGAAGAGGACUUAAUCAAGGGCGAAGAUAAGAAAGCAUCAAAGGAUACGGAGCAACGGGAUAGAAAGGAUGGCAAAAAGGAUGAUGCAAGAGUGGAAAGCGAUGCUGAUGUCGUUGCACCCAACGGAGCUGAAGGAGCAGUUCACGAGGCAGAUGGAGGCGUCGGCGAUGCGCCUGCUGACGAAGAGCACAAAGAGGUUAGUGCUAAUGGAAAAACCGCCAAAGAUGAAACAGGGGCGCUCGAAAUCGUUGAGACAAGGAAAGAGAAGAAACGGCGAGGCCUCUUCGCUAGACGCAAAAAAGAGCCGCGUGAUGCGUCUACGGGCACGGAAAAAUCCGGGGAGCCAAGCGGAGUGGACGAUGAAUCCUUAGGAAAAGGUUCUUUCGCGGACAAUAAGGGCAGCGACAAAAAAGAACGCGGCAGAAGGUAUCUCAAAAGAAAGGACGCUGACAAACUACCGAAGUCAAGAACUUCAGACCUCUCACCGACCGAAGGAGGCCUUCAGUCUCUUUCAUCUGAAGAUGAAAUGUUAGAUGCGCAUCAUAGGCGUCGCAGCCCGCGACGGAGCCGAAGAGCUUCUACGAUUGGCGGCACGGACUCAAAGAGACGCUUAUCAUCCUACACAACCUCAUCAGGAGAUACGGCGAUCGACUUUGAGAAUUCAGAGGAUGAAGUAAAAGAGAAUAUACGUUACCACAAGAAUAUGAUUGAAAGUAUUAAAACGCAGCCGUGGUCGAUGGCAAAAAAACUUCGGAUGUUACGCACUGCCAAGGCAUACAUUAAGAAGCACGAGGGCGAACUUGCCCAGAGUAAACAAGCUCGUGAUAUCUUCGCAACGUACUCGAAUUGGUUUCGAAAUUCCCUGCACCGUUUAAAGCGGGAGAUUGCCGACCUGAUCAUUACGUUAACUCCUUGGGAAAUGCGCAUUAAAAGAAUUGAGAGUCAUUUCGGCUCAGUGGUAGCAUCUUACUUCAUCUUUCUUCGAUGGGUUUUCUGGCUAAAUAGCUUUAUUUCGCUAUUUAUCUGCUGUUUUCUAAUGGUUCCCGAAGUUCUUCGAGGAGAUGAUGAUAUAACAGGAAUGCGUAAAAAAGUGAAAGACGACGAGGCACAAAACGCUUUAAACCUGAAGGAAGUUUGGGAGUUCGAAGGCUAUUUGAAAUAUUCGCCCAUAUUUUAUGGUUACUACUCAGAUCGUGAGGUGACCCCCGAAGGGUAUCGUCUUCCAUUAGCCUAUCUGUUGUCUUCACUCGUCAUGUACAUGUUUAGCUUCUUCAUGAUAUUAAGAAAAAUGACAUCGAACAACAAACAAUCGAAAAUGAUUGAAAAAGAGGAUGAAUGCACGUUUGCUUGGAAGUUGUACACCGGCUGGGACUAUAUGAUCGGAAAUGCUGAGACCGCUCACAAUAAGGUCUCAUCAUUAGUAAUGAGUUUUAAGGAAUCAAUUCUGGAAGAAAAAGAACGUCGAAAGGAGGAACGGAGCUGGAAACUCAUCACCCUCCGUACAUUUACAAACUUUUUGGUUUUGUUGUUACUUGGUUCAUCCGCAUACGCCGUCAUCCUCGUCGUCGCUCGUGGCGAAGAACCAGAAGCGCAGAAGAGCUGGUAUCGCCAAAACGAGGUCACCCUCGUCCUUACCGGUAUUAGCAACGUGUACCCGAAUUUCUUCGAUUUGAUCGGUGCAAUAGAGCAAUACCAUCCACGCCAGCAAUUACAAUGGCAGCUGUUUCGAAUCCUUAUGCUCUACAUGCUCAAUUUGUACACACUGAUUUUCGCCCUUUUCGGAAAGGUUCGAAAAAUGACGAGCGAGCUAAGCGGUAUGCGUGAAAACAUAACGUUCUUAAUAGAAAGCGGCGCGUUCGACAGGCGUAACAGUCUACCCGUUGAACCUAACGCAGCCAUGGAUAACCUGACGAGUCUCGAUUUCUUUACUGAGCUUCCUAUGAGUCCUCUAGAAGAAUUCUUACAUGACGCUGUGAAGACAUUCCCAAAAUUGGAUCUUUCGAACUGUCUAACCUGCAGCUGGCUUCCGAUAAAAUGUAGUUUGUUAUUGUUAAUUCUCAACUCGACGUUCCCAGUUCGCGUCCCCAACGAAAUGUUCUAUAGCGUGAUGCCAGAACCAUGUGGAGCAAUACCAUCCUACAAUCAAUCAUGGUGCAUCGAUUCAGCGUGGAAUAGUAGCAUCGAGUAUAAUCAAACGGCACAGGAUGACAGAGACUGGAAUAGUUCUCUUCCGUGUCCACCACCUUCGACGGUAUCUACGACCACUACGACAACGACCGCAAAAACUUAUUCUUUAGAACAGAUCGCACUGUUCAUUGCUAAUUAUACGAUCUCGCAUCACUUCAACAAUAACUUAACUCCAAAUGGGUCCCCUGAAGUAACACCCAACGACGCGUUCGCAUCGAAUUUAUUUGGUUCCGAGUUUAACGUUUCAGAUGCGACGAAUCUCUUAUUUUACGAUAACUUGAGCAACUUCACCAGUCUCUCUGGCAACGACACAGAACGGCCAACAUUUACUCUGGUACAAACGUCCACGGUGUCAGUGGCUGAAGAAGACUAUUUGCCCGUGGAACGCAUGAACUGCACGAACGUGUAUAUGCCAUACUGUGGCUCCCUGCCGAUACCAAAAGAACUAAAGGAAGAGGAACAAACAACAGCUUCAGAUAUUGAUUAUAUUUCAACGACAAGUCGGCCGCCAGGCUACAUUAGUCAGGACGAGCUGAACCGCAUCGACGAGUCUGACAAAGAUCGUCUUCGUAAGCUUUGCUGGGAAACAAUGUUUGGGCAGGAGAUCGUCAAGUUAACUGUCAUGGACCUCGCGAUGACGAUUGGAACAACUGUCCUCACAGAUUACAUUCGUGCAGUCUUCAUCCGCUACCUCAAUAACUAUUGCUGCUGGGACAUGGAAGUCGGCUGGCCUGGGUAUGGCGACUUCAAAAUCGCCGAGAAUAUUCUUCACCUCGUUAAUAAUCAAGGCAUGGUCUGGAUGGGCAUGUUCUUUUCACCUGGUUUACCAGCGAUUAAUACGAUCAAAUUGGCGCUAAUGAUGUACGUUCGUUCAUGGGCCGUAUUAACUUCAAACAUCCCCCAUGAAACCGUGUUUAAAGCCUCGGGAAACAACUUCUACUAUAUGCUUCUUUUGGUCAUGCUCUUCAUUUGUACGUUACCAGUUGGAUAUGCGAUGGUGUGGUUGGAACCUUCAUGGCACUGUGGUCCUUUCAGCGGAUGUAAACGGGCUUAUAAGGUGUUUACGAACUAUUUGAAGCGAACGCUUCCGAAGUGGUUAAAUAUCGUUCUUGAAUAUUGCUGUUCAGCUGGUGCCAUUAUUCCGCUUAUCCUUCUACUAGUACUGGUCAUUUAUUAUCUCUCGUCAAUAACGGGUUCCUUGAGAGAAUCCAACAACGAUCUGAUGGCCCAGAUUCGCCGCGAAAAAGAGGAAAAACGUGCGAAGAAAGCAGAAGAGGAAAGCACUAAGCUCUCCAAAAUUCCAUUAGAUAUUGAAAGCAAACCUGCCAUCACUAACGAGGACCAGGCUGAGAAGGCCGAAAAGAUUCUUAACAUGUGGUCGGCCGCGUCUAGACGGCAAUCGAUGGUACAGAAAUUAAAAGGCUCUUCAUCACCGCUACAACGAGCCGUAGCUUUGACCCAGGAGCAUCUUUACAAAGAAAAAGAUGACUUUGAAAGUUCGGAAACCUCCAGAGGCCCGGCAGCACCUUCAUGGAACGUCGCAGUGCAAGAACAUGUUGAUCGUGCUCGACAAAUGGAUCGUAAAGAUGGUAGGAGGCCUCUACGUAGUCAACGGUCCGACGAGGAGCCGCUAGUUUCGUCAGUAAAUACAUCAAACAUGGGCUACAAACAGCUCGAAGAAAUCCGUGCCGUUGAGCAACUGAGAGCUUUUCGAGAAAAAAAACGUCGUCAGCGUGUCCCAAAGAUUAUGAUUAGCAAAGACGGAACUGAAGAAUUGCAGGCUAGUAUUGACAGCGAGGCUGCCCAGAAAGAUGGACAGACUUUAGAAGGUCCCCAGGCCCAAGAAAGCAGAGGCUCCAAAGCUUCCAGCUCAACUGCUGACAACCAGCCUUUACUUCUUGACCCUACCAAAAGCCCAAUUCCCAUAAAAGGAAAAAAAUUUAAACCAACGCUUCGACGCGAGACGGCAAAAUAUCCGGUAGAAGAAGACCAAUCCCCUGGAGGUUCGCAGUCUGUAUCGAGUAACGCCGGGACAUCGACGAAAGGCUCGUAUUCACCGAGUCAAACAACUGAUUGCCCAAUCGAAUCGGGUGUACAGCAUAGAGGUACCUAUAACAGCAAUCACGAGCGCUUAUUGAAAAAUGCGGUUAUGUAUACCCGUCCAUAACCUGUACAUAUAUGUGUAUAGGUAUACUCGA